UCGUCCUUUGCAAAUACAUAUAGGUUAACUCCAAGUCUGUCCAAGUUAACCUUUAUAUUAACAAAUGGCUGGAUCAAGUAAAAGGCCGAAGCCUGCUGUAGAUCCUAAAUCUGAAAGCGAGUCUUCAGGAGAAGAGGGUGAUUCUGAGGAAUAUCAAGGACAAGAGGAAGUUAUGGUUGAUUUUGAGGGACGAAAUAUUGAAGCAGAUGACUAUCAAGCUAUAACUGAGUUUUUGCGUCAGUUAUUUUUAAAUGCCCUAGUUGAAAUUUCAAACAUGGCUGAUUUAAUUAUUGCACAAUAUGGAGUAGGAACUGCAUUGAAACAAGCAUUCAGUGAUGAAGAUGAUGAUGAUGACAUGAGUGGAGAGCGUCCAGUUUUUGGUAUUUCUACUCUGCUGAAUUUAAAUUUACAAAAGAAAGCACCUUGUGUACAGAAAUUUAGGACAUUAUUGGAAGAACUCUGUGACCAGUAUGCUGAUUCACAGAAUCAGGCUAUAAUAAAAGAGAUCAUGACUGAUGAUAACGUUGGUCUUUUGAUCAAUGAGCGUUUUGUUAAUAUACCACCACUUGUGUCGGUACCUAUGUUGAACUCGCUAAAAGGUCAUAUCGAUAAAAUGAAGAAGAAGCACCCAUCCUAUAAUUUUGCAUACUACAUUAUGAUUUGCAAAACUUAUAGAUCAAAGGAUAGUGAUGUAGAAAUAUUUUGUAAUGCCGAGGAGGAGUACUUUUGUGAGGAAGCAUGUGCGAGUUUUCAAUUCAAGGUUCAAGAUGCACUGAUGGGAAACUGUGAUGUGAUAACUGAAGAUCAAGAAGCUGUUCGUUAUAGAAAAGUGAUAAUAUUUGAAGCCUCAAAACUGAAUAUUAUUCUGGAAAAAGUUACAGCUGUUGUACAACCAUGAUAAAUAUAUUUGUUAGAUAUAUUGUAUAUGUCAAAAUAAAGAUUUUAUAUAAAAUGAGUAA